UUCUGAUAAUUUUCAAGCAGCUUAUUGCCUUUUUUGCUCACAUAUUGUUAUGUUGCUUUCAUGUAGAGAUUAUGAUACCAGUGUUUAAAGAUCGUUAUAAUUGUUUGUAAAUAAGUGAUUUUUCGGCAUGCAUAAUCUGGUUGAAAGAAUUGAAUUGCAAUAAAUAUUUAAUUAAAAGGAGAGCCAAAGUGUAUAUUCAUUGUUUGGAAUUGCAAAGAUGUUCGGCUGGGAAACAGACGUUAGUUGACAUGUGUUACUAUAAUUAGAAUACUCUUUGACCACGAGCAUACAUACGUGUAUCUAUUCUUUUCUUUGUAUUUGGAUGUGUAAUACAUGUGUAGUCCAGAUGAAAUAAACUGUCUUGUAAGCUACAGUCAAAGAAAAGGUGUCAUCUGAAACAUAUAGUCGGAAAAUAUAAAGCAAAGAAUAACUUAAAGGCUUACAAAAUCACAGAUAAGGGUUUACAUUUACCGGAAGGAUCAGAGCUGGGAAAUCACGUGCGUUAUCCGAUGACGUCAGUUACGUUUCCAUGGCGAUAACAAGCUCACCGAAGAACUCCGAUUAUGACAGGACGGUGAGUCAUGCUGUGUCCCCAUAUAUAACUCUGAGUAUUUUAGUGGCUGGGGUUGUUGGUGGCCUUGUCAUUGUCAUAGCCUUCAUACUCUUCUGUAAAUAUUGCGUCAAGAAACAAAACACCAUUAGAAGGGACCAGGGUACAGACUGUGAGAGAUCCUCAGAUCGCCGAUUUAAACCAUUUCAAAGGUAUGAGACGAUUAAUUCUGACAUGUUCUCAGAGCCUAGCACCGGUUCUAUGGACGGCAUACCUAUCAGUCCGAGACGGUUUCUGGAAACAAAAAGUCUGGAGAAGAUUCCAGGUAUAGAUGAAGCAAACGAAACAACGAGGCUUAAAUCAGACUUCGAAAAAACAUCAUUUUGCGAAACUAAUCUUGAUUUGGAACCAUACAUCGAUGAAGAAUAUACAGAAGCAGACGACAAUAAAGAAAAUGAUAAUAGUAGGAAAGAAGUUCCAGAAGAAAAUGAAAGUUCAGGGAGGCGAGUAUCAUUCCAACUCGACAAUCUACCGUCGACGCCGUCGGGAUAUUUACGAAAAGGGAGAAGAUACACUGAAGGUGACUUUCACUACUUGAAGAAAAUACGCAUUGCAAAAAAUAAUGUUCCAAGACAGUACUCAUUAGGUGCACCGUUACAAAGAGAACGAUAUAUUACGGAAGAUACAUACCUUGACUUGCAUAAUGAGAACCGAUUUCCUAAGAACGAUGUUUGUGUCAAUUCUAUAUCAUCUGGAGUAGAAGACUAUUCAGUUGCGCAUGCGCUAGUGCGGCCAUAUAUGUUAGAAUCACCUACUUCAGCUAAUGGGGCUGUUGGUCCUCAGCUUGUCGACGUUGAAAUACAUCACAGAGGUUCUACACCUACUGGUGAUAUUUUUCAUUACGGAAAUAGAAAACUUUCAUAUCAAAGAUCCCCGUAUAUCGAUGACAAAGAUAAAACGUUAAAACCAAUAUCUCAUAGCAUGGACACAGUAAGUCCCUCGCAUACGCCUUCACAUAAACAUAAGAGAAGGGUAAAAAGUUACGAUGAUGUGUUAGACUAUGAUUAUGACAUUCUAAAAAUAACAGAAUUUUCACGAGGUCCUUAUUAUAAUAAUGAUUUUGAUCCAAUAAUGGAAGUUGAGGGAUUAGCAACAUCAAAAGUGCGCUAUAACGAUAUGGGAAGUCUCGAAGUGUUGAAUGAUGAUAAAAUUAUUGAUAUGUUUGAUGAUUUUGAAUAUGAAAAUAUUAUUCCCGAUGAAAGUGAUGCAGAUACUGAAACAACAAUAAAUGGCACACAAAAGUUCAGAGAGAUUUGGAAUUUACGGGCUACUUUUGAGGAAGAAGAAGAAUGCAGUGAUACUAUAAGAAUGGAAGAUAUGGCUUCGCCUGAAGAGCAAUCUUCAGACCAAGGUGGCACUUCAUAUUCGCCAACAUAUCAUAUACAACAUGCUGCGCAGUAUCAUAAUGGGUUUGCGUGUACAGGAGCUACAUCCGACAAUCAUAAUAACUACGUUGAUCCUCAACAUGUUGAUCCUGAAGACUCUAAUUUACUUCAUCCCAACUAUGAAAACAGAAGGGAUAACUUUAGAACUGUUGCAGGUAGAAGAUAUCAAAAGAGAGGUUCUACCAGCGCUGAAAAUAGUUUUGACAGUGUUGAAACAGAUCAUACUGAUGGCGAUGCUACUGAAUCAAGUAGACACGAGGCAACAACAAGCUUCGAGUCUACAACUGAUAAUACGGACAGUACGGGCGACAGUCAAACAAGUAGAUUGAGACAAAUGAAAGCAGACAGUGGGUAUAAAUCGCUCGAGACAACACAACCUCCAGCGUGUGUAAAUGGUACGAAAAAGGCACAAAGUAUGGAUGAUGAAAUAAUAUUGUUAGGGAGCGAAAUUUCGUCUCCCUCUCCAGAAAAACCAAUUUCUCCAAAACAUGAAAUACUUGAAGCGGUUGGAACAAAUGAAUCGGUGCCAAGACGGGGAAGCCUUUUUGAAAAAAGAAGAGGACGCACUGCUUCCAAACGUAGGCGAGAAUAUAGUCGAGAAAGACACGUGGUGCGUUUAAAUCAAAGUACAUAUGAACAAGAAACCGAUUCAGCUAGGUCGGACCAACCAUCAGGUGACAGUUUUGAUGAACCAAAUACACCAAGUACUAAAGUUUCAGUAUUUUCACGAUUUUUUAAAUCCCAUAAGUCUCGUGAAAAGGGUUUAUCACGGGACUUCAGUAUUGACGAGAAGACGAACAAUAUUUUCCAAGAAUUUGUGAGAUUUGACCCAAAACUAGAAGUUCACAGGGGAAGUGUUACUGGAAUCGAAUCACGGCGACAUAGACUCCAAAGAAAAUUCACAGAUCCCGGCGUUUACACAUUUGAUGAUACUCGCCGUUUUUUAUCGCCGGAGAUGCGGAGUACAAGUUUAGGCAGUGACAGCAGUGCUAGUUCAGCCCGGAGGUUGUCGCCGCAGGACAGUAUAGAGGAGGAGGAAUUUGAAGACGAUAUAGAUGCGGCAGUGAUGGAUCACAAAAACAAAAUGAUGGAAGAACAAAGUUUAAAAUCUGUUGAAGUAACGACACCUACAGUUUCAGUACAUGAAAUUCCAAUAAUCAAACUCCCUGAGGGAGAAACUGUCGAUGCUUAAAUGUUUUCCCUUUAUAUUCCAAUUUUGUAUAUGUGAAUUUACAUAUAGUACUAGAUUACUGGUGGAUUUAAAAGUCUUUCAUUUAUAUAACUUUGUCAAGUGACAUAUAGAAUUAAUCAAACAAAAUUGUAUGGUAAAAGGACAUGAUCAUUUUAUUACAAUGCUUUAUUUUAUCUUUCAAUCAAUCAUUAAGUGUGACCCAUUGCAUAAUUUAAUCAUUACUAGUAUUUGCUUUCCCGUGCCUAUUAAAUAGUUUAAAAUAGAACUAAUUCCUGUGUAUAUAUACACUGUUCUAAAACAUUAUCUUAAUAAAGGGGAAACAAUGACAGAUUGGAAAACGCAUUUUUUUUAAAAAUGUAUAAUCACUAACCGCAUAAGUUACAAAAGAAUGAAAGUGUCUUUAUGAUAAUUAUAAUUAUUAUUUUGCAGGCUUUUGUAAAAUUCUGAAUUUUGUUUACAAACGUUAUACAUGUACAACGGCUUACAGACGUUCACUCGGAAGCGAUUUCCUCCCAAGAUGUUUCGCUCCCACUUUCGCUAUUUUUACACAUUUAAGCGUUUAAUAAAUGACAUGGAAAAUAGACAGAUUUUCAAAACAAAUAAUGGAUGUGAAAUGUCUUUGGCAAGUAAGAAUUUGGGAUCGGAUAGGUAAACAUCUUUGGAAGAAACUGAUUGAAAGAGAAAUGUUUACGCGAGGAAAUUAUUUGAAAGUGUAAUCGUAACGGUAGGGGAUUAAAAGUGUAAUGGUUACGCGAGGAAAUUAUUUGAAACUGAUAUGUUUACGGUAGGAAAUGGAUUGAAAGUGUAAUGUUACGGGAGGAAAUAAAUUGAAAGUGUAAUGAUUACGGGAGGAAACUCUUUGGCAGUGAACGUCUUGCAUACCAUUCAGCCUACAAAUACCUCAAAGUCAUUUUCGUGUUAGUAAAUUUGCAUUUGUAUAAUUCUAACAGCUGAUUAUUAUACUAGGAAAUUGUAGUUAGAAACAACCAUUCAACCAAAGUACAUUUUUUCAUAUACUUGAUUCACUUUAUAAAUGAUACACAAGAGAACAUGAAUGACAUAGUUGUCGCUACCAUUAGAGACUUUGAUUCUGUUAAUGUCAUAUUGAUUGUCGUACUCGUUAGGUUAUGUCACUGUCUUAUGUUAUAAAGUACAUCUCUUGUUGAAUAUUUUAAAGCUUUAUUAUGUAGGUUUGAUUGCUAUAUUUUGUGCGAAUUAAGCGAUAAAGUGAGUAUAUAAAUCAGGAAGUUCUAUAGGGAGCAUCAACUUUAGAUAAUUGGAAUUUACUUUUGGCUUUUGCUGUACUUUAUAGAAUAUUCUUGAAGAAUUAUACCAUUUCUGUUUUGUUUUAUCCUUUAAACAUUGGAAUAUUCAUUAACAAAUUCACGAUGAAAUCUUUUAUAUAAACACACAGGCACAUUAUGUGUUCGUGGAAGUUAUAAGUGUUAAAACUUAGCGUAUUAGUUUUUAUUAUAAUGAGUCUGAAAGGUGUCAUAAAACAUGAAUCUGAUCUUUUGUGUAUGUUACAUUUUUGGUGCUUUAUAACAACAUGUGUCAUGUGUCAUUUUUAUCAUUUUUCUUUCCUGUCUCGGUGUCAUUCAACUCUAAGUAAAGUAUUAGACUUGCAUAUACAAAAAUUGACUCUUAAAACUUUAAAAGACGACCGUUCAGAAAAGCAGACAAAUCAUGCCAAAACAAUACCGUACGUUUUCAACUUUGUGAUACUCUUUAAUAACAUAUAUAUACAUACAUAUACUGUAUAUCAUGUAUAAUUAUGUUCAUUUUUACCGGUUUUUUUUAUUUAUUUUUUAAUUGUAAACACGCCAAAGUGUCAGGUAUACGUACAGAAACAGCAAAAUGGAUAAUUGGUAUUGAUGUUUUAUUCUUCUUGCAUACAAAUAACGGAACACUAAUAUACCGAAUCAGAGCUUUAUGCAAGAAUUGCGCAAAUGCACUGUUUUUACAUCAGCAUCUGCAGAAACCCUCGGACCUGCAGACUCGGACUUCAAAUGCGCCCAAGUGCUUCUGCAAAUGUAAAUGUAAAUUAACAAAAUAGGUGCAUUAACGAAGAAAAACGAAAUACAAAAAGUUUAUGUUUUGUGCAUUAAAAUUAGAAAGGCAUGUCUAAAAAUUACCCCUAAUUUUUAUAUUUUAUAUGACUUCUUAAUACAGAUAGAUAUGUCUGUUUAUAAGAUAUCCAGACGAGAAAUUGAACUUUAAAAUCCCUGGUGUAUAAAAUGGAGGUUUGCAUUAACACUUACACAAUUAGUGUAAAGAAAAAGAGUCAUAAUAAAAUGCCUUGACAAUCAGUUUUUUUACAAAUAUAUAAUUAUAUAUAGUUCUAAUAUCAAAAUGUGCAAAUUCAUUUUUUUAAAUAUAAAUAUUGACCGGGGUAUUUUCUUGCUUUCUGUGUUCCAAAUGAAACUGCUUUAUUAUUUUAUAUAACCUUAACAGUGCCAGUUAAUCGAUGCCAUUACGAUUUUGAAAUCAAAUUUAUUUAAUUUUAAUCAGUUAGAUAUUUACAUGGAUUACCGUAUGUACAAGUUUAUAAUACGUCAUACUUUCAAAUUAUGACAUUACAUUAUUUUAAAGAUAUUCACCAGUAAUUUUUUACCAUACACAGAAAAGGAGAAUAUUAACUAUUGUUUUAAAAAUCUAUUUUAACGGUGUUAUAGUCGGUGUUAUUUUGAAAUUAUAACUGAGUAUAUUUUUUUAAACGUAUCUGCAUCAAAUAGCUGAAAUAGUACUCGAGUAUCCAUUACAGAACAAUUGAUUGUUAAAUGAAUUAAGAGAGUUCAAGUCAGUUUUUUUUCGAUUUUUAUAUUCAUUUAUAAUUUACUAUCGUAUACACUUAAAGUAUUUAUACGCUAUAUUUUAAAAAUGGUAUUAAAACUUAAAAAUACAAAUGUCAAUUAUUGUAUUGUAGAUACUACCCUUUUUUGACUGAUAUAUAAUACUGUUUAAGGUUACCGUUACCAUCGGAGAAAAGUUGACAUUUAUUCCGAUGUUCUGUUAAACUGAUAUAGAACCAAAAGUCACCAUGCAGUAUGGAGCCAGGUCAUCCUGCAUUGCCCUGCAGUCUACCCUAUAUCUAUACUGUUGGUAGUUGAACUGUUUUCUAAAUAUUGAUAUUGAAUUCAAAUGAACUGUUUCAAGCAAAUUAGUAACACAAAAGUCACUGGUUAAGGGUAAAUAAAACACAUAAAGAAACGAAUGUUUUUUUUUAAUUCAAGGUAGUUGUAUGGCAUUAUUUUCAUUACUUGUUAUUGUAACAUAUCCAAAUGUGAAUGUUUGAUGAGUUUUAAAGCAGCAUGGCUCCAGAUUCAUGCUAAUUUUCAUACAAAUUUAAAGAAAAGUGAACGUAGACAUUAAUUCAAACAUUGCAUUGCAAGUCCACGUUAAUUACCAAAAAGUGAUCAAAAUGUGCAAUAAUACACCUUACUGCUUCGUCAAAUUAUGGUGUUAAAAAGCAAGAUCUGUCAUAUACCGCGUAAAGCUAUAACAUGUAAAUGUUUACUUGAAACUUUUUACUUUUUCUCAAAAUCUAAGUACACUUUUCUCAAGUUUGUUUUUCUUGAAAUAUUUUGGCUGAUCUGUAGGCAUGCAGCUUUAAAAGAAUGAUUGCGCAUCACAAGAUUAUAAACAUUUACACCAAACAUGAUCAGAUCACGUAAAUGUUUUCCUUUUUUUUCACUGCCACCAAAUAUGCCUUUCCCCCUUUCAUCGUAAGUCGCUGUAGUGUACAAUUUUUUAUCAUUAAUGAAAACAACCAAAGCUUUUGCGAUCAUUACAUAUACAUUAUAAAGCAUCUAUAUGAUUUAUAUUAUAUGUAAUUUAUUUAUUUUACCAUUUAUGGAGAAAAUACUUUUCAAAAUUAAAAUGCUAUAAUUCGGUUAACUGAAUUUGACUUUUUAAGCUCAGUGUAACUGCACAAGUCUUUUAAUGACACUUGAUAGAACUAUUGUUGUUUACUUGUAUAUAUAUAUUUAUAUUUUUUCCCUUUUUUCUAUAAAUUUUAACAUUCCAAAUUGAUAUAUUUAAGAAGAGACUUUAUAAAUAUUCAAAUAUA